AAUAUGGUUUGUUUCUCUAUGUGUAUUUUAGGUUUAGAGAUUACAAAUUCUAAAAUCUCGAUAUAUCAUAAAUAGAGAUAUUUUGUAUCUAGAUUCACUCAUUAACAUAUGUUAAAUAAUCCUUACUAUUUGGGUGGGAGGAUUGACCAUUAAUUCAUGUAUAAUUCUUCCUCAUAGAUUGAUUGAGCUUCACACGCAAGACGACAAUAUAUGCCCACCAAACUUUCCCCGAAGAACUUCAUCAAGAUGGACGGACCUUUUAGUGUUUCUUUUUAAUUUUAACUAUAAGUUGAGAUGCGAGAUUUCUUCACCUUUUGGUGGUGCCUCUAGGCCUUUAUUUUUGUGAUGGAAACUAACUGUGCGGUUUUAGAAAAUUAUUGCUUUGAUAAUCAUAUUACAAAUAUAUACAUAAAUUAAAAGUUACCCGCCCAAAGGGCAGGGUUAAUGCUAGUUACUAUUGAGGUUUGCUUUGCCUCUUCCACAGUUACACGGUUACACCGUAUCGUAUGAUGGGGGUUACAAGAUAGUACUUGUAAUUCUUCUUGCGAUACAGUUGGAGCAAAGUAGUACUUAGUAAAAUAUGGUACGGGUGGGUUAAAUGCAUCACUUGCCAGUUGCCACUUAAGUAUUGUGUAUGUUGCAAACUAAUCACCUAACUUUAUUUUGUUGCAAUUAAACCAUAUAAGUAGAAUUACGGUUGCACCGUCACAACUUCCAUCCAAAGAGUUGACGGAAAGUACCAAACAUGAAUUAUUGUGCUACCAUUUUGGGGGGAAAAAAUUCCUAGAAUCAUUUUGCACAAAUACCAAAAUUAUGUGACCAAUUUUUAUAAUUACCCUUCCCAUCUCCCAUUUCUUCUCCCUCUUCAUAUGCUCACCAGUCACCACUACCCUUUUCUAUUCAGGAAGGACGAAACUGGAAGAGAUUUAAAAUUUUAAACUGCAUUUUCCCCCUCCACUGAGCUUCAAAUUGUGUUUAAAAUACCGCCAACAGAACUGAAAUAGUGGUCUUAACCCACCACUCUAGUUCGCGAAAAUUCCGGUUACUGCUCGAAUCCAUGGGAGCCAUACACAAAUACUUUGUUUUCCUCUCUCUUUAAUAUCUUGUUCCUCUCAGUAUGUGAAUGAGAUAUUGGGUUAGCAUAUCAGCGGCGUCUUUGGAAUAACUACCAAUUCCAUGGAUUGAAUAAAUAAUCUGAAGAAAUGGGCAUCACUUUCAGGUGAGACUACCAUUAUUGAGCUUAAAUUGUAAGCAAAGCAGAGAUAAUAUCUUGUAUUGGACUGGUUUGUAAUUGAUUGGUUUAAUUUGGACCAUUUUGUAAUUCUUGCUUGAGUUGUACCCGUGACCUAGUAGAAAGGGUAUAAGAGAGUAGCUAGCCGAACCCUAGAAGGCAAGAGAGUGAACAGACUUCUGUACUGAAACUCAUCACCAUAUUGACACUUUCCUGAGAGCUAUGCUCUCCGUGGACUAGUCCCGAUCUUCGGGGAAACCACGUAAAUCUCGGUGUUCUCUUUUAUUUCCGCAAUCGUCAGUUUCUACAUGGUAUCAGAGCUGUGAGAUUCAACUUCGUUAAUCUUCUUCAUCAUGGGUAAACCGGAAGAGGAGUCUAGCGGCGGCACGCCUAUGGUCGACUCUGAGCCUUGCGUCAUCCCGAUCAGCUCACCCCUCUAUCUGCAUCCCUCAGAAAAUCCUGCGCAAUUGUUCGGUAGUGAUUUGCUGAACGACUCCAACUAUGGAGAGUGGGUCAAUGACAUCACAGAAACCCUAAUCGCCAAAAACAAGCUCGUUUUCGUGGAUGGAUCCUUCCCUCGUGACAAAGCUGGCUCGUUCACUCAUCGCGACGCCUGGGAUCGCUGUGACGCGACAGUUAAAGGCUGGUUGAAGACAGCCAUGACACGCGAGGUUCGGAACAGUGUUCGGACGGCAUCGACGGCACGGGACAUCUGGGUGGACCUGCAGUGUCGUUUCAGCAAAGGGACGGCGCAAAGGGCCUAUGAGCUCCGCCGCAAACUCAGCACUCUUCGGCAAGACAAACUCUCCGUCUCCGCUUUCUACACACAGCUACGUGCGGUCUGGGACGAGAAGCUGUCGAUAGGGGGAGUUGCACGCUGCACAUGUGCUGGCUGCUCCUGCGGUUGGGCUCGGCAGUUCCACGAGCAACAAGAAACCGAACAGCUCUUUGAGUUCCUUCUCGGGCUUGAUGAUGCUUACUCUGUGGUGAGGUCGCAAAUCCUUAGCACGCGCCCCACUCCCACGCUCGCCGAUGCAUACCGAAUGGUCACGGCAGAGGAGCAACAUCGGCUUCUCACCACCGCGAGGCGCCCCGUUGUUGACACUGCUGUGUUUCAAGUGCAAGCGGCGGCCGAAUUCCGUGAAGGCCGUUCUCCAGAUGAGCAGGAGCGCUCGCGGGACGACAAGGAUCGCCCCCGCUGUUCGAAUUGCCGCCGUCUUGGGCAUACGCGAGACAGUUGCUACAAGCUGGUCGGUUAUCCAGCUGGUCAUCCUCGGGCCAAGUCAGCUGAUACGCAGGCUCCCCGGCGAUCCAAAGCAGCUCAUGUGGAGCCGGACCCCACCUCUCCUAUUCCGGGCUUAACGGCAGCACAGUUUGGGGCACUCAAAGACUUCUUAUCAUCGACGGACAAUGACAAUCAUUCAGCUCCAACGACUCAUAUGGCGGGUAAUACUCCUGAACUAGACAUGUGGUUGAUAGACUCAGGCUGUAAUGAACAUAUAGUUCGCGAUAUUAGUUGGAUGGACUCUAUGGUACAGGCAGGGGGGCAUUCACAGGUUCGGAUUCCGGAUGGAACAGGUGUUCCGGUUGUGGGGAUUGGAAAUGUUAGACUCUCUAGUCAUGUUCAGCUUCACAACGUACUCCAUGUGCCGGCAUUCAAGUGCAAUCUCUUGUCUGUUAGCCGUUUAGCUCGUGAUCAUAAUGUGGCGGUAACUUUCUUACGUGAUUUCUGCGUUCUUCAGGUCUUACCUUCCAAGACGCUGAUUGGAGUGGGUAAGCUGAAGGAUGGCCUGUACUACUUGCCUCGGUGUGAUGGGAUGCGACUUGGUCAAGCAUAUAAAGUGACGACUCAGCUGGACUCAUCUACUCUGUGGCACACUAGGUUGGGGCAUCCGGGACUGGAUAAGCAGAGCCGAUUGAGAGCCGUUGUGGAUUGUAAUUUUUCUCCUUCAAAUUCCGUUCAUUGUGAUUCUUGUUUGAGGGCUAAACAGAGCCGGACUCCAUUCCUGAAUAGCAUGAUCAAAACUACUGGGUGUUUUGAUUUGAUUCACGUCGAUAUUUGGGGACCUUAUCGGACAUCAUCCCUCGAUGGGUCUCGUUUUUUCUUGACUAUUGUGGACGAUUUCAGUCGUUCCACGUGGGUUUAUUUAAUGAAGCACAAGUCGGAUGUUGAACGCUAUCUUAUGAUGUAUUUCCACUUGGUUCACACACAGUAUGGCAAGCUAGUGCGCCGUAUUCAAGCUGAUAACGGAUUGGAGUUUCAAACUAAUUCCCUACGUGAUUACUACGAAGAAAAUGGGAUUGUCCUCCAAACCUCUUGUACGGACACACCACAGCAAAAUGGUGUCGUUGAGCGUAAACACCGCCAUCUGUUGGAGACGGCCCGAGCUCUCAUGUUUCAUGCCGGGCUUCCUGUGCGUUUUUGGGGUGAUUGUGUACUGACAGCUGCAUACCUCGUCAACCGGUUACCCUCAUCGAUCAUUGGCUGGAAAACUCCGUUUGAAAUACUUUUGGGACGUCCUGCUUCGUAUUCCCAUCUCCGCAGUUUUGGCUGCCUCGCUUAUGCGAAGGAUAAUCAUCAUGGCCUCGAUAAAUUUGCUGAGCGCGGUCGAGCAGGUGUUUUUCUUGGUUACCCGGGCACUCAGAAGGGCUAUCGCAUCUAUGAUUUGCGUACUCGGAAAGUUUUAGUUUCUCGUGAUGUGCAGUUCAUCGAGAAUGUUUUCCCCUUCCAUCUCCGGGCCACGGGAGCGCCGAACACGCUCGUUCACCAACCCUUGGUAGCAGACUCUCCAUUUAUUGAUGGUGAUAUGGAGCCUGCUGAUCAGGUGGGGCAGCGUGUCGAGGAAGAACCCACUGCCGAGAGCAUCACCUCUCCUCUCGAAGUCCCUUCACCGCUGCAUUUUUCCUCUCCGCCUGAUCUGCCCGCGUCCCCAGCACCUGGCGAAUCGCCAUGCACGGCCACGUCCCCAGCACCACGUGCGUCUCCAUGCAUGGAACAUGCAGAGGAACAUGCAGAGGCCACGUCUCCCGCUCCUGAACUGGCCGCCCCAACCCUUCCCCGCCGGAAUCCUCCGCGUGAUCGUCGUCCCCCAGCUCAUUUGGAUGCUUAUGAGGUAAACUUGCCCUAUGCCUCGCCUGUGCAAUUUCCCAUUUCUAAUCACGUCACUUACCAUCGUUUUUCUGACCGUCAUUGUGCUUUCUUGGCUUCUGUGUCCGACCAUUUCGAGCCUCGGACUUAUGCACAGGCUGUUAAAUAUGCACACUGGCGGGCUGCCAUGCAACGCGAGAUCGAUGCGUUGGUGGCCCAAGGGACGUGGACAUUGGAGUUUUUACCUCCCGGGAAACGUGCCAUCGAUUGCAAGUGGGUUUACAAGAUUAAGUUCUUGCCGGACGGUACUAUCGAGCGCUACAAAGCUCGUCUGGUAGCGAAGGGUUUUACUCAACUGGAAGGGAUUGACUUCCACGACACAUUCGCCCCGGUGGCCAAACUAGUUACCGUUCGAGUUCUUCUCGCUGUUGCGGCUAAGCAGGGAUGGCCAUUACAUCAACUCGACGUAAACAACGCGUUUCUCCACGGUGAUUUAGACGAGGAGGUGUACAUGAAGAUACCUCAGGGUUUUAGUCGCAAUGGCGAUCACAGGGUUUGUCGACUUCGCAAAUCGUUGUAUGGUCUUCGUCAGGCUUCCAGGAAUUGGUACACCAAGUUCACUGAGGCACUUUUGGAGUUUGGCUUCCGGGUCUCCAAAGCAGAUCCCUCGCUGUUCCUGUAUAGUCGCCAUGGCACCUUUGUGGCGAUCUUGAUUUAUGUUGAUGACGUUGUGAUCACAGGUUCUGCUAUUGAUGUCAUUUCUCAGGUCAAAGCCUUCCUGCAUCACAGGUUCAGCAUCAAGGACUUGGGUACCCUGAAGUACUUUCUUGGCAUUGAGGUGGCGCGAUCCCCCGAUGGCAUUGUGCUCAGUCAGCGCAAGUAUGCCCUUGACAUUCUUGCCGAUUCCGGCAUGAUGGCUGCUCGGCCGAGUGGUUUUCCGAUGGAACAGAACCAUAACCUGACACGACCUACAGAGGAGCGGCUGGCUGAUGCUCAUGCCUAUCGUCGGCUGAUUGGGCGUCUGUUAUACCUCACGAUCACUCGCCCGGACAUCGCCUACUCCGUGAACUUGCUUAGUCAGUUUGUGCAGUCACCUAGUCCGGAUCACAUGGCCGCUGCUCAUCGUGUCCUCCGGUACCUCAAAGCAGCGCCCGGUCAAGGUUUGUUUCUUCCCUCUGCCGGUUCGCUUGAGCUCACCGCCUUCAGUGAUGCUGAUUGGGCUGGUUGUCAGUUUAGCCGGAGAUCCACCACCGGAUAUUAUAUCCACCUUGGUGGCGCCCCUGUCUCCUGGCGUGCUAAGAAGCAGCGUGUAGUGGCUCGUUCCUCUGCAGAAGCCGAAUAUCGGGCCCUGGCUAGCACUACUAGCGAAGUUCUGUGGCUCCGUUUCUUGCUUGGUGAGCUCCAGGUUCCCCAGCGUGUGCCUACUCCUCUCUACUGCGAUAAUCAGGCGGCUCUACAUAUUGCCGCUAAUCCAGUCUUCCAUGAGCGCACUAAGCACGUUGAGAUGGACUGUUACUUUGUUCGCGAACGUGUCAGUUCCGGCGAGAUUUCUCCCUGCAAGGUUGGUACUCGCUCUCAGCUCGCGGACAUUUUCACCAAGGCCUUGGGGACAGACCAGUUUCAUUCUUUGUUAUCCAAGCUUGGCAUUCGUGAUCUUCAUGCUUCAGCUUGAGGGGGAGUAUUGGACUGGUUUGUAAUUGAUUGGUUUAAUUUGGACCAUUUUGUAAUUCUUGCUUGAGUUGUACCCGUGACCUAGUAGAAAGGGUAUAAGAGAGUAGCUAGCCGAACCCUAGAAGGCAAGAGAGUGAACAGACUUCUGUACUGAAACUCAUCACCAUAUUGACACUUUCCUGAGAGCUAUGCUCUCCGUGGACUAGUCCCGAUCUUCGGGGAAACCACGUAAAUAUCGGUGUUCUCUUUUAUUUCCGCAAUCGUCAGUUUCUACAUCUUGAAGAAGGAAUCAAGCUAUAGAGCCAUCCCCAGGCGAAAACUUCAGCACAUUUUAAUCUAUUUAUGGGCAAAAAAAAAUUUUUUGGUCGAAUGUUAAUUCAAUCUAAUCAAAAGUCCAUAAUUUGAGCUGCUGAAUCUGACUCCUUUCUAGCAAGAGUAGAUUAAGAAGACAGAGGUUAGAUUUGAGCUCCAAAAAUCUCUGUGAAUAAAUCACAAAUUGGAAGAGGGAGAGAGAUGGAGAGUGAGAUUUAAAAGGAAAAAGAAGUAGGAAUCUGUAGAGCUUAGCUGGUGUAGAAGGAGAUAGAUCAAUACGGAGUCUUAAGAGGAAAGGUUUGUCAUAUUUGGGUUGGCUCUGUUAGCAAAGGAGGGUGAUGACGGGUGAGGUGAUGCAGAGAAGAGAAGUAGGAGAGUGGAAGGAAGGCAAACUUAUUAAAAAUGGUCAUAUAAGUUUGACAAUUAUGCAAAAUAGUUAUAGAUUUAACUUUUUUCAAAAUGGUAGUACAAUAGUUUCUUUUUGGUACCCUCUGUUAAAUUUGUGGAUGGAAAUUGUGAUGUUGCAACCAUAAUUCUAUUAAAAUAGUUUAGUUGCAACAAUAAUUCAACUUAUGUGAUUUAGUUGCAACAAAAACAAGUUAAGUGGUUAGUAUGCAACAUAUAUGGUACUUAAGUUACGUAUAAAAUACAUAUGAAUGUUUUAUUUCAAAUUUAAAUUAAUGGUACUUUUAAUAGUCCGUCAAUAAUGAUAAAAUAUAUUAUUUUAAAAAAAAUAUCUAACUAAUAGUUAAGUUAGGAAUUUAGUCAUCAAAUACGGAUAUUAAACGUGUUAUACAGGUUUUAUGCGUGUUUAGCACGAGAGCCAUCAAAUGAACGGAGAAAAAUAAAACGAUUCGACAAUAAUACAAAUACGGAAUUUUUUUAAAACGGAUAAACUACGUACGAUCAUACGUAGUUACGUACCUGUAUUAAACGAAGUAUUUACUAUAACCCUAUCCCUGAAAAAAUAUACUAGUUUAUUGGGAAAACAAGGACAAGACAAGAACAAGCCACUAAAUUGGGCAAAAAAGCAAAGGAUGCCCAGUUGACGUUUGUUUCAAUAGCAUCAGCACAAUAUAUUUCCGUAAACACCUAAGGAUGCAAAUAUGGAUGCUAAUCGGCGGCGAGCUCAACAAUGGUUGCUCCAGCUCCGGAAAGCUACACUUUUGUUGUUUGGAAUAUUGAAUCAUAAAGCCGGCCUACUUUUUCACAAUGUUGCACCAGUCCAUAAUAAAGUGAUCAGAAACGAAAAACGAAAAGCCCUUAUAUAUACAUAUAUGGUUGCACGGGGAAAGAAAUACAACAGCAGCCAAAGAAAAGAUGAAGAUGGGAUCAUCAAUGGCGGAAAUGAAAACUUAUCACUGCAGUGGUCAGAAGCUGAUUCGGAUUGUGACGGCAAUCAUCGCUUGUUGCCUCAUGAUGCAGAGCUACGCUGUCAAUGGAACCUCCGACGACGACGACGACAGGAAGGCAUGUGUAUUUAAGAUUGUGUUUUCCCCCCUAAUAACCAUCUUUUCACUUUUCGUAAUAACAAGUGAAUUGCUAG